AUGUUGCUGAAGGUGAAAUACCAGAGUACCAGAAAGUACGUCAGAUUACAGUCAGGUUUCACCUUUUUGGAUUUCAUCAAUGAAGUCACAAACAAGUUUGGGCUUCUUGAUGCUGCUGAACUUGACGUUUUUGAUGACACCGACACGGCAGUGGAGGAAGACAUCUUUCUUGAACUGAUAGAGGCCAAUCCGGAUUUAUGCCUGACAGUACGUGACAGCAUUUCAGAUGAAGUGGUGGAAGACGUCAUUCUUGAACUGGUAGAGGUCAGUCCUGACAGCAUUUCAGAGCAAGAUUUUUCUCCUUCACAUCAUUCAACAUCAUCCUCCCUCACGGAUACCCUCACAUCACUUUCUUCAAGUGACAAUGACCUCUCCAGUCAAAGAGAAUGGGGGACUCCCACAGGCAGAAAUAUAUCCAGCUCUAAAGUCAUGAACAGGUCUACCACAGAGGUUUCUGAGUCAGAGGCUGCAAAAGAGAUGGUAAAGAAUGCCUUGCUCAGGAAACCUGGAGGUGAGGAUGUCAUUGAAGAGUACAAGUCACAAAAUUCGCUGAACCACCGCACCCGGAGACAGCUUGUCAACAUAUUGGCUAGCCAUAUGACUAAGAAUCAUGGGAGGAUGCCUUCCCGUAAGCAGAAGGAGAAGUAUGCCCUGGGAAUUAUUGCACUCUUUCCUUCACUGAAGGAUCCUUUUUCUCCAAAGGGCUAUCUGAAUCAAGACUUCCUGCUGCUGUUUGGAGCUGAAACAGCCUCCAAGUUGCUUGAGAAGUGGGACACAGCAUUCAGGCCCAAGGUUAUCAAAGAGGCCAAACACCUGACUCAGUCAACUGAGCUGUGCCGACUUCUGAAAGCUGCUGAGAAACUCACAGAGAACGAUGACGCCACUGGACGGAAGAGGGCCAAGAUAAGUCCCAGUGAUGCAGUAGACAAAAUGGUACACUUUCACAAGUCAUGCUGCAGCAUCGAUGAACACCUGCGAGGAAGAGAGGGUAAACAAUCAUAUAUCCUUGCUGCUGGCCAAACCCAGAACAGGAUUGACACUUUCUACAUCGUCGUGGACAAACAGCUCAUCCCCUGCCAAGCUACCAGCUCGUUGGGUGCUUUUGAUGAACUAUUUAAAUCCCACUACGUUUUCAACCUGUCUUAUGAUGAGUCCCUGGUCCAGCUCUACACUUUCGUGCAGACAACAAUCUAUAACAUCGAUGUUACCACAACAGAUGAGUCUCCAAGAGUUCGUGAGUUACGUGCAAAACUCAUCAACUAA